UCUCUCUCUCUCUGUGUCUUGUUGACUGUCUGUCCGCCUCUCUCUCUCUCUCUUAUUCUUUCAGUAUUCUAUAAUAUCCGUAUAAACGUGCAGUGUACCUGAUAUUCAGUAUCUAUUAUAUACUCCUUAUAUACAAUUACUUAACGCUGAUUUUUUUCGAUAACUAUACUCGAACGUACUUAACAGAUAUAUAAAGGCAGGCUAAGGUAUUUACCGUGUAAUAGACGCAGAUUACUAAUUAAAUAUAAAGAGAGGCGACCUACUGAAUUCGAAGAGCAGAUUAGGCUCCGCCUCCACAGGCCUAAUCGGCGCGACGUUAGUGUCAACAUUUCAUUUGGUCGGGGUAAGCGGUAUAAGUUAUAGUGCUGUAAAUUUUUACAAAACGAAGCGAGUCGACCGUCUAACGAACGCCGGUUAACUCAGACAUUCUCAGUCCGAUCGAAGAAACUUACAAAAGGACUACGAUUGAAGAGAACAUUCCCGCUAUACAAUACCGAACCUCAUCAGUCUCACCACCGCCUCUUCCUCCUCCUCUUCCUCCUCAUUCGCAACAGCAGCAACAACCGCACAGCAAUAUGAACACGAUGAAUCCGGCAGCCGCCAAUCCUUAUGCCAACUAUAUGCCCCAAUUUGCUGCCACUGGUCCAGCCGGAGCUUUUCCUACUCAAUACUGCAAUAGCGCUUCAACGGACUUUUCUCAUUACGCCGCCGAUCCUCGCCAUUCGACUUCUUCUUGGUAUGGAACCAACGCAGCUACCGACCCUAGAUUUGCAAUUUCUCGCCUAAUGGGCGGACCAUCAUCAUGCUCUAUGAGCGGUAUGACUGCCGGAAUGGGGUCGAUGUCGGCGUUUGGUUUGGACGGAAAACCCGGUGCUGCUAUGCAAUUUCCGAUAAGUCAACGGCGGAAGCGGCGAGUUCUUUUCACGCAAGCUCAAGUAUUCGAAUUAGAAAGGCGAUUUAAGCAACAGAAGUAUUUGUCGGCCCCGGAAAGAGAGCAUUUGGCUUCCAUGAUUAACUUGACGCCUACUCAGGUAAAAAUCUGGUUUCAAAAUCACCGUUACAAGAUGAAAAGAGCUCAAAAGGAUAAGGAAAAAAUGGAAUCCACUCCUCGCGAUUCAGCUCAAACGUCUCCUCGUCGUGUUGCUGUGCCUGUCUUGGUCAAGGACGGAAAACCGUGCGGCGGAAAUAGCGGUGGCGGAAGUAGCAGCGAUUGCAGUAGUUCCGAACAAGGAACGCCCAACGGUUCUGGGCACACUCCUCAACUGCCUUCUCAGAAUCAACCGCCACUAAUGGCUCCUGUAGUUCAGCAGGACAGUUCUAUGAACCAUCUCUCCUCACCCUCUUUGUCGAGCUACGGUAAUGCUGGGGUAAUGGCCUCUUCGCCUUAUUUGUUAAGCCAACGAACUGCGCACUGGUGAAGAAACGCUUAUUAUUAUUUUUAUGUUAUGGAUAAUUAUUACCGUUCUUUUGACAUUUUCUCUGUAA